UGUAUAUUCUGUGCCUUUGCGACACUGACCACGGCUUGGUGGUGGGACAACGGGUUGUACUUAUAGCGUGCAGUGGUCUGCCGGCAUUGCUCGCCUUUGAAGUCGCUCGGAGCCCUUUUUCUUCAUUAUACCCUUUGUCGUCGACCACCAUCUUCGACGCUUUCACCUGUCACUUCUUGUCGUGCCGCCGUCGGUAUCGUCCGACUCGUUCACCCUCACCUUAUUCCUCGCUGUCUCCUCAAGAUUCGUAGACCAUGGCGAGGCAUCGUGACGCCUUGCCAAGGCUCAAUAUACCGGCCUCGCUCAAUAUGCAGCAGCCCAUGCAAACGAUGUAUUCCCCAGCCCUACCGACAUCUAUUCAGCAGGGCUUUCACCCUCCUCUUCCUAUGCAAACUCCCAUGCAAAACUUUUUCCCUCAAGUUCCGUCUGCCCAAGGUCGACCAACCCACCACGCCGGACAGGCCAGCGUUGCUCAACUGGCUGCUGCUGGCAUUCAUCCUCCCAGCGGGUACCCCAUGACGCCUAUGGGCGGCCACUUUUCGCGGCCAUCCAUGAUGAUGAAUGGUCCUCCUGGAGGCCAUCCUUUUCCUGGCAGAAACAGGAGACAGCUUAGCAUUGGAGGUCCUCCCAAGGCCGUUUUAGGAGGGCCGAAUCGUAAACUCAGUCCAAUACCCCCUGCUGCAGUAGCAGCCACUGGAUCAAGUACGUCCCCCGCGCCACAAGCAAAACCCAAAAAGAUUGUUGUCAAUCUCCCAAAGGAGGAUAUCAUCGGAGAUAAUGGACAAGUAGUCGGUCGCGCUCCGUGGGCGAGGAAUCCUUUGAGCGAUCCCGUUAUUCUGCCACUUCCUGACGUCACCGCGGUAGAAACGUACUCAGUAGAGAUAUACCCCUCGGAAGACUGGAGAUAUGGUAUUCCACCAACCAUUGAUGUCUUUUUACCAGGCAAGAGCGCUUGGGACACAAUGAAGCAAAUGGCCAUAGAAGAGAAACUGGAGAAACUGGGCGUAGAGCGCGGAUCAGGGAGCAACGUACCUCAUAUAUAUGCACCUCAUGCGCGUGCGGCAUCGGUAUCUUCUCCUGCAGAUCCUGCCCUUCUGCUCUUCAAGCUCAACAAACUCCAGCAAUCACAAAACGCGUCAUCCAAUAAUUCUUUGGCCCCUUCACCUCAGCCGUCUUUUGGCAUGUCACCAUCGCCACAUCAACAAGGACCAAGAUUUAUGGUGAACAGACACGGCCACAGCAUGUCUCUGGCCCAGCCACCCACGCAACCCCUAUAUCCUUACAACAGCGGGCCUGCCGCCGCGCUGAAUCCGUUUGGACACGAUGCUGUUUUAGGUUCUGAUCAAAUGCCCUCGCGUUCGCCGCGUGUUUCUCCUGGCCCUUCUGGCAUCGGCGAAAUUCAUGCUCCUCAAGGCCGAGUCCCUGUUGCACUUCCAUCUUUGGUACCUCCACCUCUAUCCGUUAGUCGCCCCGACAGCAGGCCAGAUUUUAAUAGAGGGUUUGGCCUUGAUAUCCCCGAAGAGGAAGAAGAGGAAGAGGAAGCUGCAGAAGACGAAAACAUGACUCAGACUGACUCCGAUGAAGAAGGCUUUGAUCAAGAGGUUGAUGAUGAUGAAGACCGGGGAACGGAGGACGCUGGUUUGACAACGGCUUCACAGAGCCAGCGCCAUUCCAGACAUACGUCGAAAUUAUCGGCUGCGCUUUCUCUCAGGUCGUUUGGUGUGUUCAAUGCUGAUGGACUGAACGAAAGGACCGAUUUGGAGCCAAUAGCCGACGGAAACAACAGCAUGGAGGAGAAGCAUGAUUUAGAUGGCGUCGAAGAAUGGACGGGAUCGGAGGACGUGUUUAUGGGCCUCGAAAGUUCGGACGACGAGAGCAUCGGGGAAUGGUCAAAUCCUUCAGACGAGGAAAGGGCACGGCAGCAACGUCUUGAGCGACGAGCGCGUCGCCGGGCUUUGCAGCAAGAUGUUGAACAGCCGAGACGCAUACCCAACUUCCCUCGUCCGCCUGAGAAUACUAUGGUAUUAGCUCGAUCUGGUGAGGAAGAUAUUAUAUCAAAUCCCAGUGAGGAAGAGCAAUUGCAUGACCACGAAGUUUAUCUUGGCGUGCAUAAUUACUAUGAACGUCCCCCUUCAAAUAUGAGCGGACGCUCGUCUCGACCUCUUCCUCCCCUUCCCCAUUCUCGAUUACCUUCUGGACAACACUCUAUUCACGACCCAGCCCAAGCUCAUUCGCGCCACCCGUCAGACCUUAAACCUGACUUUCCUGAACCCAAACCAGCCAUUCCCCGUCUUAAUCCUAAUGCUAAACCCUUCGUUUUCGGCGCUCCGCUUCAGAGUUCUUGGAAACCUGAUGCAUUUACUGGCUCUGGUGACCAUACUCACUCGCGUGCACCAUCCUUUGGCAAAACUCUCAAUGCUGGCGCACAAGAAUUUAAGCCCAGUGCUUUCACGUUCAAGGUUGCAGGUCCUAUAUUCCCUGUGGCAGAGCCUUACCGACCGCUCCCUGUUCCCCCUGUUGAUCAGUCGUCACCAUUCCGGGUUCAAGGCCGCGAAAAGCGUAGACGCCACGGAUCGACUGAGACUAUGGAGGAAGGAGAUAGUAUGGCGUCAUUCAAGUUCCCGCCGGUUGCUGAUUCGCUUCCGGGUCUCCAUCAGAUGCCAUCACCCCGUCUUGAUAGAUCUGCGCAUUCCUCUGCCAACCCGUCUGCAGAACCAUUUACAUUCGCUGGCUUUUCUGCUGCUGCAACCUUACCACCGAUACCCCCUGCGGAACCUGCUGAAGAAACUCUACAAGACGAGAGUACUGCGCGCGCCGAGUACGGUGAUUCCCAAAUGGAUGCAUUUGAACUACCUUCGAGCUCGAAAACCAAACGGGCACCAAUACCGCUGGACUUCAAGCACACUGUAUCGAACAAUACCGUCCCCGCCGGUUUGUUCAAAGCCUUAGUCAAUAACGGUGGUGAGGAACGUACCCGCCGAGCCGUGCGCUCACGGCUCAGUUCUCGCGAAAUCUUUGAACACGUUUCUCGUCCUUCGUUGGAUGAUCUUAGUGUUCCUGCCAUCUCGCACAAAGUAUCCCGAAGCCGACUGGUUACUGAUCCCGGUCAUAGGCAGGUGUCGCCCACUGAAGAUGUAUUUGGAUCUACACGCCAUUCCCGGAGACGAUCAUCGCUUCCUGAUGCUCUGCAUCCUUUCUCUACCGCAUCAUCCAUGUCAGAGACAUCGGUCAUUAAUAAGGACCUGACGAGCCGGUUCGAGCUGCAUAAAAUCGAGGAUCUGUUGGAUGAAAAGAUCGCCGUCCUCCGUCGUGAUAUCAGAGGAGGGUCUACAUUGAAUCCCAAUACAGAAGCCAUGAUAAGUGAGGUCCUUUCGCUAUUCAGGACUCAGCUCCGUGAUUCCGCCACGCGUAGUUUGGAAGAUACUCAGUUGGAUGCGCGGGGGGAAUUGGAUUUCCAAUUGAUCAAAGACGUCAUCGAACAGUCCCAUGCUGAAACGCUUGCCCAUCUCAAGCAGGAGCUUAGCAACAUAUCGCAGAGCUUCUCUAAAGGACGUCCUAUCUUGAAUCCGGUCGUUCCGGAUGCUCUGGAGCAGUAUAGUACCCGCACUAUCCAGGCAGUCAAUGAGGCGAUAUCAGAAAUGUCGGUUCGCUUGGAAUCUAUUGGACGAGCAGCGCCGGCGAGAGAGCGAGAUGCCAUUGUGGAUGCUAUAGUAUCUGCCCUGUCUCCUGUUCUCAGCUCCAUUCGUCCGGACGCUGUUGAUUAUGACUAUCUGUCCGAGAAGCUCUCUCAAGCAGUCAAACCCAACAUAUCCCAGUUAAUUGAUCUUGCAUCAGAUAAACGCGAGACGGCUGGCCUCAUUGUUAACCAGUUAAUUCCUCUUUUGUCAAAUCUGCAGGAGCCUAGCCCUGCUGUUGACACCGACGCCAUCAGCCUUCAGCUCACAUCUGCUGUCACCCGAGCCAUCGCACCAAUCGACGCCUUCGAAAUCAAGGAGCAAGUCGCUGACCUUGUCGUUGAGCGUCUUGACGCUCGUCUCGCUAACCGAGAUAAGACGUUGACAGUGGACACCAUCGCGAGUCGCGUUACCGAUAGCGUUUCGGGUCUUUUAGAGCCACUUCAGAGCAUCGACAGCACGUUGUCGACACUUGUCGAAGGACAACGAUCCCUUGCUUCUCUGCAAUCAGACUUGUCGUCGGCUCAGAGUAAUGUUGUGGAUGUCAUGACAGGUCUUCCUUCGAAUGUUUUGUCUGCAGUACAAGAUAUCGGAAGUCAGAUUGAACUGAUGUCGAAAGGUCAAGUCGAGGAUAAACCGAUUGCUCCGGAUGAGAACAUUGUCCAUAUCAAAUCGGUCGUGGAUGAGCUUACGGGCAAACAGCGCGCACUCUCCGAACAGAGUGGCGAAAUUUUGGGGCUUCAUAAAGACGUCAUCCAAAAGAUCAACGCUCUUCCGGAAUCUUUCUCUGUAGCUACCAGUGUGCUCCAGCAGGCACAUGCCGAAUUCGCGCUCUCGAGAGAUGUAGUCAAACAUGAACUUGAAGACCUCAGGAAGGCCAACACCGAGUUACAAGUCCAGGUCGCCAAAGCUCGAGGCGCGCAUGGACAAGUUCGCGUUGAGAAGGAGAUGCUUUCUGAGAAGUUAGGCAUUGUGGAGGCUGAUCGGGAUCGACUACGGGCCCAAGUGAAGGAAUUACAGGAUUCUGCUACGGCAAAAGCCGAGGAGAGCACAGUUGUUGAAGUUCGAAAUACAGAAUUGCAAGAUGCUCUAGCGAAAGCUCUUUCACGCCUCCAAUCUUCCGAUGUUGCAACACAGUCUAAUCAAGAACGAAUCGCUGAGCUUGAAAAAGCUAAUCAAGAGCUGCUGUUUGAUAAAAGGACGCUAAAGACCAAGAUUGACGCUCUUGAACUGAAAGUGACGUUUGCUUCUCGUGACAAAGAUUUGGCAGAGGAAACUAUCGCCGCUCUUCGCAGGCAAAAUGAGGAUCUUACGACGAACUCGAGUCAAUGGGACAGCCUUCGUCAAGCUUCGGAGCAAAUUCAGAUGGUUGCAAACCUUAUGCGCCAGUCUGACGACGAAGAGUUAAAGGAGCUUAAGCGCAUCCGUGAUAGGUCGAAGUUGCUUGAAGGGGAACACUCGGCGCUGCAGAAACGAUUCAAGGACCAAGAGGGACGGAUAUCCAACAGCGAGAAAGCGGCAUUUACCGCCCGCCAAAGUCUCUCUCAAGCACAACAGCGGGCUAGCGAGUGGGAGAAUCGUGCCAAAGAAUAUGAAGGCAAGCUCGAGCACACGCAGACGAUGCUGGACCAAGCCGAACAAACUCAAGCUCAAUUGGAUACCGAUUACUCGUUGGUGAAGAUGCAGUUAGAGGAGCGUGAAGCGGAUGAACGUUUGGCGAAGGACCGAGAGACUCGCUUACGCGAACAAAUCAACGCCCUUGAAGCCAAAAUCAAAGUCAUGCAAACCGAAUUCGAGCGAUCUAGGAAUGCGAACAUCAAAACGUCAGCAGCCGCCAGACCUCGGAACGGUGUACCGCGUCCCGACUCUCGUGCGAGCACAGAGUAUAGUCGUUCGCGAUCGGUGACGCCCAAUGGACAUACUCCUCCUCAGCCGUCGGUAUGGGACUCGAUGCAUGCGCCAAAGAGUAAUGGGGUCCCGGUCCAUUCGUCAACCUACCCACCUGCCCCCUCUCGUUAUCCGACUUCCCUAAGCCGAGGGGCACCCAAACGACAAUCUCGGCUACCAGCGCCCCCUUCGCCUACACCGAGCACUGUAUCGUUGGCGCCAACUGUAGACGAAGACGGCUGGUGGACAUAAAUCUUCCAGACAGGUUCUUUUCAUUGACCCUCUUUUCCAACGCUGUCAAUCAUCCAUGUGCAUUAUCACUCAUUCAUCUAUGGCUAUCCCUGUUGUCGGUAUCCUACAUUCAGUCUUGCUUUUAUCUAUUUGCAUCACCAUCCAUUUCAUCAUUGGCUAACACAUUGGUUUACACA